AUAACUGAUAAGGGCUAAGACAGCCGUGGUUCACGUCAAAUUCACUAUAUCCAUUAGUUAUAACAAUAUAACGUGACUACGUCAUGUCAUCAGUAAAUUUUUUUGUCACUGGAUUCUUUGGCACAUAUUAUAAUAUAGUAAUAUCAUGAUAUCAUGCUUUAGCAGUUUAGCAAUUUAGAAUUUUAGCAUCCUUGUCUAUGUUUGGAUUAAGAUCACAGAUACAUAAAAACAUAUUACCAUUUAUACACAAAAUUUGUAAUCUGUGCCCUGUAGUGUUUAAUAACCUCCGAUCAUUACAAAUUUCGGCAUGAUGUCUUUGAAGCUACUACAAUCAUUAGUGUCAAAAAAUGAAUUCUUUACCAGAACAUUACUUAAACAGGAGUAUUACCGUCUUAUCAAUCGAUCACAGUUUAAAAAUUGCUCGUUUCAACAUCAAAUGAAAUUCAACCCUUGUGGCAAGGGCAACCUCAACCUACAUAAGUCUUAUGUGUCUAAACAAUUUUCAGUGUCUAGUAAUCUGACUGAAAUAGAUUUUGAACAAGCAUGCAAUGAAACGUUAGAAUCAUUAUGUGAAUAUUUUGAACAAGUUGUUGAAGAUAAUCCACAUCUUGAAAACCCUGAUAUUUUAUUCAGCGAUGGUGUAUUAACAAUUCAAUUAGGUGAACCUUAUGGCACAUAUGUUAUUAACCGACAGACACCAAAUAAACAAAUUUGGUUGAGUUCGCCAACAAGUGGUCCAAAACGAUAUGAUUUUAAUGGCACAAAAUGGAUUUACAAACAUGAUGGUGUCAGCUUACAUGAAUUACUGACUUCUGAGCUAUCUAAACAGUUUUCAUUUAAUUGAGUUGUACCUAAUCAGUGAGUGAUGACACCGAACAAUUCAAUUUACUUACCAAAUACCAAUCAUGUACAAUAUACAUUGUACAUAUCUUCAAAUGAAGCGUUUAUUAUUGACUGAGCACUACAGUAGAGACCCAGGAGGGCUAAGGGGACUGCAGCACACCCCCUACCUCAUUGACCGUAUUAAAAUAUAAAAAAAUUAACGAAUUAUUCAUCAUUGAAAAAUUCAUGAGGUACCUUAUGUCUUAUGAGUUAUGAUAGUAUUAUAAUAUUAAAUAAUAUUGUAACAUACACGUACCGCAGAAUUCUGUAUGAAGUAUGAAGUGAUAAGUGAUGACUAUUAUAUUACUAUUUUUGCAAUCAUAGACAUGAUGUAUAUCUCGUUGAUUACAAAUGUUGUGAAAUUAUAAAAAAAAAAUAAUUUAUAAGAACUUUUAGAUUCUGAGCGAAGCGAUGAAUGUAUUGAUUUUACAAUGAUGUGUUUUUUUAUGUUUAUUAUUUUGUGUCUGUCAUCACAUGAGUUGAGAAUUCAUAAAAAUUUUUCUUUUUAAAUCUAAGAUUUGAAAAUGUAAUACAAGAUUAUCCAUAAGUUUGUCUACCUUUAUCAAAAAAA